UCAAGAAUAUUGUAGUUGAUUAUAUUUUAUUUGUGAGGAGAUUUUAUUUUUUUUACCCGUCGUGAAAGUCAGAGACACUGGACUGGCAAUGAAAAGACGUCGCAAGUACUGGUUUUGGAGGCGUAAAGGUAAAAACGCAAAGAAGUGUCCACUCUGCUGUUUUGUGAAGAGAAGCAAACCUGGCUGUUUCCAAUCCAAGAAUUCUGAUGAGGACGCUUGUGUGGCGGUGAAGAUCGAACAUUCCAGAGCUCUCGGCAAAAGUGCCUCAGGUGAGCACAGCAGUCCGCCCAGUGUGAGGGCGUGUCUCAGUCGAGUGGGCGGGAGUGUGAAGGUCAGAGGAAAGGUCAAUGGAAGAGGCUCCUGCAGCAGGCUUCCACCAGAGUGCAAACCUCCAGUACCUCCAAAGCCAGCACAUCUCCAGAGCCCAGUGACAGAACUGACAUCGCCACUGCGCCACACCCAGAAGCCGUUGCUGAAAUCCAGGAUGGAGGAGGGUGGUGGUGGCAAUAAAACAGCUGUGAGCCGUGAGAAGCCCCCAGAAAAACAAUCCAAAGUGUCGGCCCUGAUUAGCCGCUUUGAGGAGAACAGUAUUACAGAGAACAAGAGAGACAUCUCCCCGGGCAAAAAACAGGCCAGCAAGUCGUCAAACUGCAGCCCGGCUCACCGCACCUACCAGAAGCAGACAGAGUCUGCCCGGAGUCAAGGACAGCAGUCAGAUCCGGGCUCUGCUUCGGUGCCGGGCACGCCGCACAAUGCCCACAGACCGGAAGCUAAUGGGGUACUAGUGCAGAUGGAGCAGGAGAGUAAACAGAAGGAAAAGGAAUUAGAGAGGACAGAGACUACCGGGCUGGUCAAUGGAGACAUGGGGGACGGGAGCACAGAACAGAGUGAUGAUCAGUCACCUUCACACAUGGACAGGACUGCCACAGACGGCCAGAGUGGAUAUAACACACAGUGUGAGCAGGAGGCAAAAACAGACAUCAAGGAAACAAACGAGCAGAAGUUGUUUAAGAUCGCCAGUGAGCUCCUGCAGACAGAGAAGGCCUACGUGGCUCGACUUAAACUGCUGGACCAGGUGUUCUGUGCUAAGCUAAUGGAUGAAGCAAAUAAAGGCACGUUCAGCGUGGACAUGGUGAAGAACAUCUUCUCCAACAUCUCCUCCAUCCACACCUUUCACAGCCAGUUUCUGCUUCCUGACUUAGAGAAGCGAAUGGGGAAUGGUGAGGAGUCCAAACCCCGCAUUGGGGACAUCCUGCAGAAGCUUACACCCUUCCUAAAGAUGUACGCAGAGUAUGUGAAGAACUUUGACAAAGCCAUGGAUUUGCUGAAGCUGUGGAAUGAACGUUCACCUCAAUUCAAGGCCAUCAUUCAGGAGAUCCAGGGUCUAGAGGUCUGUGGUAAUCUGACACUUCAGCAUCACAUGCUGGAGCCCGUACAGAGAGUCCCUCGUUAUGAGAUGCUGCUCAAAGACUAUCUGAAGAAGCUGCCUCAAGACGACCCCGACCGACGAGACGCAGAAAAAUCAUUAGAAAUUAUUGCCACGGCAGCCACUCACUCCAACAGCGCCAUACGAAAAACUGAGAAUCUGAAGAAACUUAUUGAAAUAUACGAGACUGGAGAGGAGGAGGACAUCGUCAAUCCAUCCAACGAGUUCAUCAAAGAAGGCCACAUCCUGAAGCUGGCAGCCAGAAACACUUCAGCCAUGGAACGAUACCUCUUCCUGUUCAACAACAUGCUGUUGUACUGUGUGCCCAAAUUCAGUCUGGGUGGGCCAAAGUACACAGUAAGGACGCGUAUCGGUAUGGACGGCAUGAAGGUCCUGGAAACGACCAACGGCGUACCCCACACCUUCCAGGUUUCGGGGAAGGAGAGGACGCUGGAGCUCCAGGCCAGGUCCACUUUCACACCAGCGACACGGCUGAGUUUAAUUAUAAAUAAAUCAUAAGACGCA